GUGAGGGUAAAAUAGCCAUUCAAAAUGUUAACAAACACGUUGCCUCCGUAACAUCCGUUUGUUUUGUUGGGCAAGAGAUUGAGGGUAUAAUAGUCACUCAACUACACCUCAAAGAUGAGGCCGUUAUCUUCCCGCGAAACAGUGGAAACCCAUCUCUCUCUCUCUCUCUCUCAACCAUAGAUGGCAUCAGUUGCAGCUAUUGGGUCUCUUCCGAAUUCAUCGAUUUUCUGUAUUGGAAAAUCGUCGCCGAAGAAAUGGAGAAGAUGGAUAAUGCGCGAGUCUUCUUGGAAGCCAGAGAGAAAUUGCACUUUAACUAUUUUGAGCGUAAAUAAUGAAACUGGGUCCAUGGGCGCUACGGAGACUUUUGACCGUAGGGAAAUGCUUCUCUCAGCUAUUGGACUUAUAGCAGGCAUCAACUCGCAGAGUACAAAUAAUGGUUUAGCCGUAGCAUCUGAAUUUGCUGACAUGCCAGCACUUCGAGGGAAGGAUUAUGGGAAGACAAAAAUGAGGUAUCCAGACUAUACAGAAACAGAGUCAGGUCUUCAGUACAAGGACUUGCGAGUAGGAAGUGGCUCCACACCAAAGAUGGGGGAAACAGUUGUGGUUGAUUGGGAUGGUUAUACCAUAGGGUACUAUGGCCGCAUCUUUGAAGCUCGCAACAAAACAAAGGGUGGUUCCUUUGAGGGUGAUGACAAGGACUUCUUCAAAUUUAAACUUGGAACCCAACAGGUAAUACCAGCUUUUGAGGAAGCUGUUUCAGGCAUGGCUCUUGGUGGCAUUAGAAGGAUAAUAGUGCCCCCAGAACUGGGAUAUCCAGAGAAUGACUUCAACAAAAGGGGCCCAAGACCAACGACAUUUUCGGGUCAAAGAGCUUUAGAUUUUGUGCUUAAGAAUCAAGGACUUAUAGACAAGACUCUGUUGUUCGACAUUGAACUCCUUAAAAUCAUACCAAAUUGAUGACUGCCAAGUCAUCUUGCACUCGUGUAGAUUGUUGUGUAAACAUUGAGAGAUAUUGCAUCAUGAGCUGCCUAGAGAACGUAGUAGGCUCCAUGUAAUUUAAGAAGGUGCAUCCACGGCUAUUUUCACCAGUGUUUAAUUCAAGUAUGUAGGAGAGUGAUCUUCUUACAAGAGCAUAGUUCUGUAAGCUCCAGUUUCCUGGCAACCAACACAUUUGGCAGAUAGUCAAUGCCCCUUGGCCUUUUUGUAUAUUUUUAUUCCUCAUUUUGGCUUCAAACCUGUUUGCGAAGAAAUCUGUAUAAGAACUUCCAUAUGCACUGGAAAUGGAUUAUUUUUGAGGAUAAACUUAUGGAUUAAUGGAAUACAAGCAACCAAAAAACAACUCACUGAGAUUGAUUAGUUACA